AAAAAUAAGAAAAAGAAAGAAAAAAAAGAGUUAAAAAAAGAAAAGAGAAAGCUGUCUAUAGCUCUGACGUUUUUUCCUGUCGAAGUCGCAGACUCGUCAUCACAGCUCAAACGAGAAAUUCUGGGUUUCUUUCUUCUCUACGCGCAUAAUCUUCUCAUCUCUAAAGGGUAGAACCCAAUCGUCUCCUCCUCGUUUCUAUCUGAAGAGAGAGAAGAAGAAGAGGGGGAUAUAUAUUUAUAUAUAUAGAGAGGGUUACAGAGGAUGCCAAUGAUCUCUAAAGCUUCAUCUACCACCACCACUACCAAUUCAUCGAUUCCUUCGUGUUCUAGGAUUGGAGGUCAGCUUUGCGUGUGGCCGGGUUUGAGACAACUUUGCCUCAGGAAAAGCUUACUAUACGGAGUAAUGUGGUUAUUAUCCAUGCCACUUAAAACAUUGCGCGGAGCUAGAAAAACCCUUAAAAUCACCCACUUUUGCAGCAUUUCCAACAUGCCUUCCUCAUUAAAAAUCGAACUGGUGCCAUGCAGUAAGGAAAACUAUGCUUAUCUUCUGCACGAUGAAGACACCGGCACAGUUGGAGUUGUUGAUCCUUCUGAGGCUGCACCUGUUAUAGAUGCAUUGACCAGAAAAAACUGGAAUUUAACUUACAUUUUGAAUACUCAUCAUCAUGAUGAUCACAUAGGGGGGAAUGCUGAAUUGAAAGAAAGGUAUGGCGCAAAGGUGAUUGGAUCAGCGUUGGAUAAGGAUCGGAUUCCUGAAAUUGACAUACUUCUGAAGGAUAGUGACACAUGGAUGUUUGCUGGCCAUGAGGUCCGGAUACUUGAUACUCCUGGCCACACACAAGGCCAUAUUAGCUUCUACUUUCCUGGGUCAGCGACAAUAUUCACAGGAGACCUAAUAUAUAGCUUAUCCUGUGGUACCCUUUCAGAAGGUACCCCUGAGCAGAUGCUUUCAUCACUCCAAAAGAUCGUGUCGUUACCAGAUGAUACAAAUAUAUACUGCGGCCGUGAAAACACAGCAGGCAAUUUAAAGUUUGCACUAUCUGUAGAACCAAAGAAUGAAACUCUUCAGUCCUAUGCAACCCGAGUUGCCCAUUUGCGCAGCCAGGGACUCCCAUCGAUUCCAACGACUGUUAAGGUGGAGAAAGCGUGUAACCCGUUCCUCAGAACAUCGAGCAAAGAUAUCCGUAAAUCAUUAAGCAUUCCAGACUCAGCAACAGAAGCUGAAGCACUGCGUCGGAUACACAGAGCCAGAGACCGUUUCUGAAAAAAACUUGGGCAUCUUUUUUAAUUGUAUAGAAAAUUUGCAAAUCAUCAUCAGCUGCAGAAAUGAAUAUGUUAUAUUGUUAUUAUAUGUUUUGGGCUUUCUUCAUUUCUCCAUUUGAAUCUGUAUUCAAAACAGAAAACAUCUAAAGAUUUAGUUGCUCAAUUAUUGAAAUUUUCAAGUGUAA